CGACCGAGUCCAUCAUCAACAUCAUCAAAAUUUUGAGCACGGGACGUAGAGAGAGCGAGUUGGUUACGUUAAGUUAACGAAAUAGCGUUGCAACGAUGUGGAGAGGAUGCGGAAAGGUGGUUUGUUAAAAUGCAAAGAGAAACUCGGCUUGUGCGGGAAAUUAGCAGCGAGCAUAGGUACAGUGCGGGCUUGUGAAACAGCAGGUGGAUAGCUUUUGCGGUACAGUGGCGUAAUGGUGCAUUUCGGCGAAGUAUGGGCCUGGGCCCCGCUAUGAGAUGCCUAUUUGCGACCAAAUCAACCCCAUUCAGGCAAAAUGUACCAACAAAAUGAAGGAGGAACAUGAAGCUACACUUGGCAUGAAUGGCAACUCCACAGGCAACAUCAAAGAGGAGUGCCACAAGAACACUUACGUGCAGGGCGGGCGGCUCAAGUUUUUUAAAGAUGGAAAAUUCAUUUUGGAACUGGAAAGAGCCAGAGAGGGCGAAAGAGUAUCUUGGGUUUCGGUGCCAAGAAAAACUUUUUGGCCGCCCCAAGGUACCGCCGCCUCCACCCCCACCUACAGGCAGGAAAGCAGCACAUCUCUUAGCGUGUCAGACGACAACAGUUCGGUGCAGUCGUCGCCGUGGCAACGCGACCACAGCUGGAAGCAGACGUCGCCGCGUCGCAACCAGUCGAAGGAAAUGACGAUGUGGUUCUGGCGGGCGCCGGGCGGCAGAAGAGGGCGCCGCGGGCGCCGCAGCCGGAAGCGACGUCGCCCGUACUCGACCGAACCGGAAGCGGCCGCUUGCGAAGGUAGAGCUGGCAACAGGGCGACGGCGCGGCCGCCCAAGGAGCCGAUGGCGAGGGGCGCGCAUCUGCUCAUCAUCGUGCAGAAUCUCAGCGAGAAGAUUUCAAGGACCAGCACUCCCCCGCGCUCGGAGACGGUCGUGUCGCCGCGCAAGCGCUUCCUGCGCGAAAUGGAAAAGGACCGCUCCCAGCCGGACGACGGCUGCCUGAAGCGCAGCCGAAGCCGCCCCCAGACGGCGACGACGCCGUGCCGCACCCCGCCCGCCCCCACCACGCCCCUCAAAUCGACCGCCCCCGCCGCCGCCCCCGGCAACUCGGACAGCCCGCAGCGGCAGUCGCCGCCCAAAACGAACGGCAACGUCGAAGCGGCGGCGGCCUCGCACGAGAGCAAACCGCCCCCGGCGGCGGCGACGUCGGCGGCGGCCAGGAACUGCAGCUACAGCAUAACGUCCCUGCUGGCCGAGGACAGGGGGGCGGUCGGCGUCAAGAGGGAGCAGCAGGCGUCGCCCGGGCACCAUUACGCGCCGCCCCAGCACUACGCGCCGCCCCCGGCCCCGCCCCCGCCCGACGAUCGCUGGUAUUCCGAGAGCGUCGACAAGUUGAGGUCCAUUGAACUUUCGCACCACGUCGACAAGCGGCAGUACCACGGACCGCCGCAGGUGGCGCCCGUGUACACGCACGCCCACCACCCGGUGCCGGCGACCGCCGCCGCCCCCUUCCUCUCCGCCUACCACCACCACCACCACCACGCGCCGCCCCCGCACCCGCAACUCUACCCGUCCUACGGGGUGCCGUCCCCGUUCUACGGCAUCUACGGCGGGCGGGGGGCGGCGGCGGCGGGCGGCUACGGCGUGCCGCCCGCCGUCUACCACGCGCAGAUGCAGCUGCCGCCCCCGCAGCCGCCGGCGAGCCGGGAGGGGGCGGCGCAGGCGCAGUGGAUGUCGCCGCCCGGGCCGCCCAUGCACGCCGCGGGCGGACAGAGGGAGGCGGCGGACCGCAGGGACGAACCUGCAGAUAUGCCACUAAACCUAUCGAAACACGCCGGUUGACCCGCGCGAGUGCCUUCAACAAAAACAAACGAAAAUCACAACACACUUUCGCCCCGCAAACCGCAUCGUAUCCGCAGCAACAAUUUUUCUCCGACGAAAAUCCCAUUUAACAAAAUAAAAAUGUGAUAGUGCGCGAGUUUAAACAACAAAACAAAGUGAUUGAAGAGAAUUUAUUACUACUAGCUUAAAAGCAUAGAAAUCGAAACGAAAUGUGCAAUUAUCAAAAAAAAUAACGGCUCUACAAGCUAUGUACAUAAAUAAAUAUAAAAAGAGGACUAAACUUUCCUUAGUUUUAAUGAUUUUAUGUAGGGCGGGUCAAAACUUCUUUUUUGGGUGUAAUAACCUAUCAGAGCGCGGCAUUCUCCACAGCACACUUGAUGCGGUGGGAAUGCAGCGCUCUCAUUGGUUCAUUGCUUUCUACAGACUUCUGGGAAAGUAAUUUUGACUUGUUCUGUAUUUCGACGAAAUUCGACCGAAUUUGUACAAAGUAUACAAAAAAGUGCCUUGAAAAGAAAAAUCUAAUUUUGCCUGAAUAAAUAAGUAAACAAUAAGAACCAAUGACACAAAUGUACAUAAAAACAGUCAUAUAUUCUUGUAAAUAGUAUGUCGGACAUAUCAUUCUAUUUAUUUAGCAUCAAAGCAAUUUUUUCUUCUUAUUAUUAUUUUUAUUAUGCGUAUAAUCUUUGCAAAAGAAUUAUUGCUUAAAAAUAAACCACUGUCC